UGACCGUCAUCCGCAGUGCUGCGUUCAGGAGCACUUGACUGUAGAUCCCUGGGUCGCGUCUGUCUCCGGUCAGGUGUCACUCUUGCCAUUACCUGGGGGUUGUGUUUAGCCGAAGGUUAGCGGUGUCCCGGCUGUGAUGGAGCGCUGGAAGGGCAGAGUGGCUUUGGUGACCGGAGCCUCGGUUGGGAUAGGGGCGGCCAUAGCUAAGGAGCUGGUCCGGUACGGUAUGAAAGUAGUGGGCUGUGCCAGGGACGUCGAAAAAAUACAGAAACUGGCAGAUGAGUGUCAAAGUACAGGCCACAGUGGUGUGUUGGUACCUUUCAAGUGUGACUUGAACAACGAGGAAGAGAUUCUGUCCAUGUUCGCUGCCAUCAAAGCACAGCACAAAGGGGUGGAUGUUUGCAUCAACAAUGCUGGCUUGGCUCAUCCAGAGUCACUGUUAAAUGGCAAUACCAGUGGCUGGAAGAACAUGAUGGAUAUCAACGUUCUUGCAUUGUGUAUAUGCACACGUGAAGCAUAUCAGUCAAUGAAAGAAAGAAAUGUUGACGAUGGGCACAUCAUAAACAUAAACAGCAUGAGUGGACAUCGUGUAGUACCCAGUGCUGAUGUACAUUUCUACAGCUCCACCAAGUACGCUGUGACAGCCCUGACCGAGGGCUUGAGGCAGGAGCUGCGUGAGGCCAAAACUCACAUCAGAGCCACAUGUAUUUCUCCUGGUGUAGUAGAGACAGAAUUUGCUUCUCGGCUCUACAGAGACAAUGCUGUUAAAGCUGCUGCUUCAUACUCUAAAUUUAAGCCUUUGGAAGCAAUAGACAUUGCUAAUUCGGUCACAUACGUCCUAAGUGCCCCUCCCCAUGUCCAGAUUGGGGACAUUCAGAUGCGACCUGUGGAGCAGGUGUCAUAGAUCAGCACCAUACAGACACAUUCUUCAUCCCAUUGGUUUACUACAAUAUACAAUGUAUAUUUGUUGCACACAGUUAUACAGAAGGAAAUUAGAUUUGUAGUUUGGCUAGAAACAUUUGGACCACAGGGAUUAUUCCAUUGACUGCCACUGGUGUCCAAUUGUUAAAAUGUUUUUGUCAGAAAUAUAAACCACUAAAAUACACAAAGAAUAUGAAAACAAUAUAUUUAAAGACCUUUUACAUUUCUCUCAGUAAAAUAUCCAGGAGAAAAUCUUUACGUUAUC